GUGGCUACGCUAGCGUCCGCGCCAUCAGGCCCGAGGUGGCGGUGAGGUCCGUGUUCAGUGUAUGGUUUUCCCCGCCAAACGGUUCUGCUUGGUGCCAUCCAUGGAGGGUGUGCGUUGGGCCUUUUCCUGUGGCACUUGGCUUCCGAGUCGUGCAGAAUGGCUGCUGGCGGUGCGAUCGAUACAGCCCGAGGAGAAGGAGCGCAUUGGCCAGUUCGUCUUUGCUCGGGACGCUAAGGCAGCCAUGGCUGGUCGUCUGAUGAUAAGGAAAUUAGUUGCAGAGAAAUUGAAUAUUCCUUGGAAUCAUAUCCGUUUGCAAAGAACGGCAAAAGGAAAACCAGUUCUUGCCAAGGACUCAUUGAAUCCUUACCCUAAUUUCAACUUUAACAUCUCUCAUCAAGGAGACUAUGCAGUGCUUGCUGCUGAACCUGAGCUACAAGUUGGAAUUGAUAUAAUGAAGACUAGUUUUCCAGGCCGUGGUUCAAUUCCAGAGUUCUUUCAUAUUAUGAAAAGAAAGUUUACCAACAAAGAAUGGGAAACAAUCAGAAGCUUUAAGGAUGAAUGGACUCAGCUGGAUAUGUUUUAUAGGAAUUGGGCACUGAAGGAAAGCUUCAUAAAGGCUAUUGGUGUUGGACUGGGAUUUGAAUUGCAACGGCUUGAAUUUGAUAUAUCUCCAUUAAACUUGGAUAUAGGCGAAGUUUAUAAAGAAACACGCUUGUUCCUGGAUGGAGAGGAAGAAAAAGAAUGGGCAUUUGAGGAAAGCAAAAUAGAUGAACACCAUUUUGUUGCAGUAGCUCUUAGGAAACCCAAUGGAUCUAGGCAUGAGAAUGUUCCAUCCCAAGAUCAUUCUAUACCAACGCAGAGGCAGUUUACUAUUCUCACCUUUAAUGAUUUAAUAUCAUCUGCUGUUCCCAUGACACCUGAAGAUCCUUCAUUUUGGGACUGUUUUUGCUUUACAGAAGAAAUUCCAAUCCGAAAUGGCACAAAGUCAUGAUAUGAUUCCCUACAUAAUGAAGGGAAUUGAAAAUUGUAAUCUUCCAUAUUUACAGAAAAAAAUCAAUGCCUGAUGGUAUCAAAUUUUAUUUCACAAAACUUUGUUUUUUUAAACUGAAAACUUUUACUAUUAAAAAAGCAGACUUCUGGUACAAUACAUUUACCUCUUCCUGUCUAAAAUUGCAUUGAAUAGAUAGAAACAGAAAAAGGUUGGCAGAAUUUUACAUGUUCAUUUUAGAAGUAUAUGGUAAGUGCAGAUAUGGAAAAAGGGAACAUUUGGAUCUCAUCUUUCAGAGGUAAACUACUUUUUAAACCCUGAGUUAUCUUUCCAGACUUUUUUCUUGGCCAUUGAAUCCAUGUUAACUUUUUUUUUUUUAAAUGGGAACAUACCAUUUUGUAAAUGUUUUAAAUUGUUUGUCUAUUGUUCAUAAUACCUCUGUUACAUAAACUUUUGGUGGUUCUAAAGUAUUCUCUUCUAUGACUAGUAUCCAUUCAAAUGCUGUUGACUAGAGGCAGCAUUGUCCAAAUGUAACUGACUUAAGUAACCAAUGAUUUAUUAUAUAACAUACAUUCAGAGGUGUCAUUAAAGACUUUUUUUUGGGGGGGGGGUGCUCAAUUUAUUGAUUUUUGCCUUAGGCUUAUCCCAUUCCCCAGCAUAAUGUUAUAACUUCCAGUUUUAUAUCUUCUAAAUUGCAUCUACAAGGCAGGAAAGACCAUUUUUCCUAUAACAUUAUUUUAUCAGUGCAGAAGAUUUCUCCUGGUAGCCUUCAGGCUAUUUCCCCUUAUUUUCCAUCAACUCAGAUCUGGUCAUAGAGAAAGCUAGAGUCAGACAUUUUUUUUCACCUCUAUUAGAGGUAGACUCUGUUGGAAAGGAAAAAGAUAAAGAAGGUUUGGGAUUAUGACAUUGAGAUGAUGCCCACUGCCUGGCAUAAGAAAGAUAUGCCAUAAGAUACUUCUUUUCUUCUGUGUUUGGAAUUUUGAUUGUCUGUAUUAUAUGUUACUGUAAGUGGUGCAGUGAAUGUCCUAGUACAUUUUGAGGCACAUGCUUGAUAUGUCCUUAAGAAAGUUUUUAGAACUGGAGUGACUGACUGAAAGGUCUUACUUUUAGAGCUUUGAUAAGUAUUAACAUGUUGUUCUCAAAAAGGCUGUUCAAUUUACACUUUCUUUUAUUAGUGUAUGUGUGACCAUGCUUAUCUGUAUACUCCGUGGUCAACCAUAGGUAUUAUCUUUUUUUCCCCCCUGUAUUUAAUCUUUGUCAGUAUAACUGAAGAAUGAUGUGUCAUUUUUAAAAAUUUGUAUUUCUUUCAUUACAAAUGAGGUUGAUAAAAAACAUUACUGGUUACUUGUAUUCCUUCUUUAUGAUCCUCUUGUUUAUUGUCUUCAUCUGUGUUUAUUUUAGUAAAUAGGACUUAAUUUAAAAUGUGAACAUAAUAUAUUAAGAUGCCAAGACCAUCAUAUUGAUGACAGAAUCUAUUAUGUGUGUAGUGCAUGUCUUGGGAAAUUUGUCUUGUUAUUGUUAUAUAUCAAGAAAUAAUUUCAUUGUUUCUACUACUAACAUUUAAAGUUGUGUGUAAACCGUAUACAAAUAGGUACUUUUGUUAAUUAAAAAUUUUGGAAUGUUUUAUAAUUUUUUUAUUUUAUUAAGCAUGCUUAGUUACUCCAAGCAUACUAAGUAAUGUGUUUUAAAAAGAUCAAGUAGCAUUUGUAGUACAGAAAGUAUUGUUAUUGCUAGCAUGAGUGUAAUGGUAAUAUGAAAAACCAUUUGUCUUGUCAUUAUGAUAAUAAAAUGAUUAAUAGUUGUUAUGGAAUUUU